AUGACGAUGCCAUCAACCGCCCCAAACUCACGAGUUAAACCUUCUGCACGAGCUUUCACUGAUCCAGACGAUGAGGAAGAUGCAUUCUCAAAGCUUGCUUCACGAAAUAAACCAUCCACGAAAGGUCUACCUCCUGUUGAACCAAAGUCGCUUUCACGCCCUCCGACUAUGGUCCCUAGACCUUCAGCCGGAAGCAAUACGGUCAAUAACGAUAACAAUAAUGACGAUGACGAUGACGACGAUUACAUGUCCAUGACUGUCGCCGAUCCAACGACCACCGAAACUCCCUUACAGAGACUAAAACGUCGAAAAGUCGAGGCUUCAAUCCGAGGAAAUCCACUCUCCAAAGCAGAAUUAGCAGAACAGGAAAAGCUAAGACGUGACCUGGGACUGGCAACAUCAAUACUCAACAACACUAAUUCAAAGGGGUUAAAAAUGAUGAAAGCGAUGGGUUAUUCGACUGGUUCGGCAUUGGGUAAAGCUGCUCCUACGCCGACUGGAACAGCGGAUGUGAAGGAUAGUAGGAGGUUAGAACCGAUCAAGCCGAUUGUGAGGGAAUCUAGAACGGGUAUUGGCCAUGAAUCGGACUUGAAACGGAAGUUUGGAGAUAUAAACCCCGUCGGUGGAGAAGGGAAUGUCACAAAACGCCAGGAAUUAUCACCGGAAGGCUACAGGAAUAGACUUACACUGGAGGCCCAGCAGCGAAGAUACGAGGCUCAAAUCUUCGCUGCUCAAUCCAUUUGUGAGAAACUAGUGGCACAAGAUCCACCGGAAAGCUACAAUGGCCCACUAAAGAAGUCGAAAGAAGGGACAACCGAGGAUGCUGCAGCGGAGGGCGAGCAGGAAACCGAUGGACAAGCAGAAGGAGCAUCAAAACGUGACUUCUUUAACGAAAAACCGACAUUCACACAAAUAAAGCAAAUCAACUUGAUAUACCGGGGUCUUCUUUACCGUCGUGCAGUUUCGGACCUCAAAGCUUGUCUGAAGAAGAAAGAACAAGAUAGCCUCACCUCUUCGAAGAGCUCAUAUAUCCCUAACUUGUCUUUGCCCAAGUAUAACACGACCGGGGAAUUCAAUGCGGACGAUGAAAUUGCGAUGGGAGCUGAGUCUGAAGAUAUUGUGACAGAGCAAGAACUAGAAGAUCAAGAGUUGGAAGAAUUCGAGAAGAGAGAGGCUAAAGAUCGACUGGAUGAGAUCGUGAGAUAUCUUAGGAGUCAAUGGAGGUAUUGCUUUUGGUGCAAGGCCCGAUACGCUACUGAUGAGGAGUUGGACAAAGAAUGCCCGGGAUUAACAGAAGAAGAUCAUGAUUGA